AUGGAGAAGCCCAAGGCCGAUCAUCCGUCAUCGGCCGACCUGGAGGCGCGGAACUCCAACGAAGACACACAAUGUGCCGAGGAAACUGCUGCAUGGCAUAUGAGCGUGGACGAAGCCAAAGCGGCAAACACCAAUGAACAUAACAUGACUGUUCGGCAGGCCCUACGAUCUUACCCUUGGGCGGUGAUCUGGUCACUCACCAUCUCCAUGUCAAUCAUCAUGGAGGGAUAUGACACCAAUCUCAUUGGCAGUUUCUAUGGAUAUCCAGCCUUCCAGAAGCAAUUCGGCAUCGAGCACGGAGACGGAUAUCAGGUGCCCGAGGCGUGGCAGUCAGCUCUAGGAGCCGGCAGUAAUGUGGGCUGCAUCGUCGGCGCAUUUCUAAACGGGUACCUGGUUAAGCAUUAUGGGUUCAAGAAGGUAUUCAUGGGGGCGCAGGUGGUCAUGUGCGGCUUUAUAUUCGUGUCAUUCUUUGGAAAGUCCUUAGGUCUUCAAGUGACUGGGCAGGUUCUUUGCGGCAUCCCGUGGGGCGUUUUUGCAACGAUCGGACCGGCAUACUCGUCGGAAUUAUUGCCCAUGGCACUGCGACCAUAUUUAACAUCCUACACAAAUAUGUGCUUCGUUAUCGGCCAGUUCAUUAGCGCUGGUGUGCUUCAAAGCUUGUUAAGUCGGGAUAACCAAUGGUCGUGGCGUAUUCCGUAUGCCGUACAAUGGGUCUGGCCAGCACCGCUAUUUUUCGUAGCCAUUCUUAUGCCAGAGUCGCCCUGGUGGCAGGUGCGCCAUGGACAAUACGAUGCCGCCCAGAAGACAGUCCGUCGCCUAACUAGCGGAUCGGACAGAGCUAACCCUCGACAAAUAGUUGCCAUGAUGAUCCAUACAGACAGCAUCGAACGGGAAAUCGAGGCUGGCAGCUCGUACUGGGAUUGCUUCCGAGGGAGCAAUCUGCGACGCACGGAAAUCGCUUGCGUGACGUUUGCCGGACAGGUGCUGGCCGGCAGCCAGUUCGCGUACACAGGCACAUAUUUCUUCGAGCAAGCGGGAAUGACUCCAUCGGCCGCAUACAAGCUCGGAUUGGGUGGCACAGCAGUUGCAUUCGUGGCAACAGUUCUUUCCUGGUUUCUCAUGAAGGGAUUAGGUCGCCGACUCAUGUAUUUGGGUGGCAUGGGACUGAUGUCAUUAUAUCUUCUCGUUAUCGGCUUUCUGUCCCUUGCGAAGGAUAACAACAAUCUUCUUUGGGCGCAGUCUGCUCUGUGCAUAGUUUGGCUGUUUACCUUCUCAAUGACCGUGGGACCAAUGGGUUGGUCUAUAGCACCAGAGGUCUCAUCGACGCGAUUGCGAUCGAAGACGAUCUGCCUGGCCCGCAAUGCUUAUUACAUUACGGUUGUGGUGGCCAAUGUCAUUGAACCAUACAUGAUGAACCCGAUCGCAUGGAAUUGGAGAGGCAAAACGGGCUUUUUCUGGUUCGUUGCUGCUUUCCUCACGUUUGUCUGGGGUUACUUUCGUCUCACCGAGACCAAAGGGCGGACUUUUGAGGAACUGGACAUUAUGUUCGCGGCCGGAGUGCCAACCAAAAUCUUUGGAAGGUAUCACGUCGACGCGUACGCGGAGAAUGUGGCGAUCAAAGAUCGGGCAAGAGAAGGUCCACCCGAAGAGAAAUCAGCCCUUACCAUAUAA